AUGUCAUUUGGUGAAAAUGAAAAAAUUAAUAAUGCGAUUAUUAGAUCAUAUGCAUUAAUGGAUUCAAAUAUUCGUAAUGAUACACACAAAAGUUAUGUAUUUAGUAAACAAAUAAUUCAUGAUGAUGAAUCACUUACGGAAAAUGAAAAAUCUGAAGCAAUAACAUUACUAACUAAACACUAUGAUCUUAAUAAACUUCUUUACAGAAACCUGGUGUUUUGCGACUUAGCAGUCAUGAUUUUGACGAAAACUAGUCUUGAAAUAGUGGUAAGCUCGAAUAAUAAUCUUUAA